AACUGUGUCCAAUCACAGCUGAUCACUGAUCAUCAGGGCACUGAUGAUCAGUGUGCCCUGAUGAUCAGUGUGGCCCCAGAAGUGCCACUGUCAGUGCUCAUCAGUGCCACAUGCCAGUGCCCAUCAAUGCCACAUAUCAGUGCAUACCAGUGCACAUCAGUGCCACAUAUCAGUGCCCAUCUGAGCUGCCUUUCAAUGUCACCCGUCAGUGCCACCUAUCAAUGCCAAUCAGAG